AUGGCGAAAAAAGAUGAGAAGGAUAGCGAGAACUUCGUGCUCAAGCUCGACUGCGACAAGGCGAGCCGAAUUGCGUGGGAGUCAUUCUCUGAAUGAGCAUUUUCCAGGUGGUUUUCUCGAACCCGAAACUCGGCGACGAACUCACCCACUUCGUGCUGAAAAUCACGAAUCCGGCGAAGGAAAAGUAUGCGUUCAAGAUCAAGUGCACUUCGAACGAAAUGUUCAAGAUUAAGACGCCGGUCGGAGUAAUCGAUUCGCAAGGUUCCGUCGAUAUCACGGUAGGAAAUUGAGAUGCGUUUCAAAGGCAAACUUAUAGAAUUUUUGAAUUUCAGCUGGUGCACAACCCAGGGAAGGUUAUUCCUGAUAACGGAAAACAAUACUUUGCAAUCUACUACGUGAAAGUGGGAAGCACCGAAUUAAACGAGAAGUUCACUGUUCGCGACUUGUGGAAGGGCGUCAAAGGACCGUCGGAGGGCAUCAAACGUGUCUUCAUCGACUUUGACAAGAAGGCCGGAGCCAAGAAGGAAGAGAAGAAGGAUGGAAAGAAGGAAGAGAAAAAGGAGGAAAAGAAGGAAGAAAAGGAAGAGAAGAAGGAGGAAAAAGCGGAAAAGAAGGACAAGGAAGAGAAGAAAGAAGAGAAGAAGGAAGAGAAGAAGGAAGAGAAGAAGGAAGAGAAGAAGGAAGAGAAAAAGGAAGAGAAAAAGGAGGAAAAGAAGGAAGAGAAAAAGGAGGAAAAGAAGGAAGAGAAGGAGGAGAAGAAGGAGGAAAAAGCGGAGAAGAAGGAUAAGGAAGAGAAGAAGGAAGAGAAGAAGUAG